AUGGGCGCGCCGCGUCCUGGCCACGGACGCGCACCCAGUUUGGGCACGCCCUCAGGCAGUAGCUCCUCGAUUGGGCUGCGGCGCAAUGUCAGCUCGUUGGUGACCAACGUGGACAAGCACGGUGGGCCACGGCGCAGACGGUCAAAGACCAAUCUGCGGUCCAACAGCAGAUCUCUGUCGCGUCCAGGGUCGCCCACAGGGUCGGUGUGCAGUGACGUGAGUAGUGUUAGUGGGAAGAGCUUGACUAUUGUGCUGAAGCUCGGCACUAGCUCUAUUUGCGAUCCGGUCACGCAUAUGCCCAUGCUGGCUAAUCUAUCCAUGAUGGUCGAGACUAUUGUUAAGCUCAAGGAGCUCGGUCACCGCGUGGUGCUUGUGUCCAGUGGUGCUGUGGGCCUUGGCUUGCGUCGUCUCGACAUACCUAUCAAGCCCAAGGAGCUGGCUGUCAUCCAGGCCAUCGCCGCUGUCGGACAGGGCCGUCUGAUGGCGCUGUACGACGAUCUGUUUGGCCAUCUGGCCCAGCCUGUCGCACAGGUUCUGCUGACGCGUAACGACUUGUCACAGCGCACGCAAUACCUCAACGCCUGCAACACUUUCGAGGCGCUUCUCGAGAUGAGCGUUGUGCCCAUCGUCAAUGAGAACGACACAGUCAGUCUGGGCGAGAUUCGCUUCGGCGACAACGACACGCUGUCCGCGAUCACAGCUGGCAUGGUGCAUGCCGACUACCUGUUCCUGCUGACAGACGUUGACUGUCUGUACACUGACAACCCGCGCCGCAAUGCCAAUGCCAAGCCUGUAACCAACGUUACCGAUAUUAAGGCACUGCGCGAAGCCGUCGACGUGUCCUCUGCCGGAUCAGCCGUCGGCACAGGUGGCAUGGCGACAAAGCUGAUCGCUGCCGAGUUGGCCACGGCGGCCGGCGUCACCACAAUCAUCACAAACGGCGCCAUGCCCCAGCGCGUCGUCGACAUCAUCGAGUACUUUUCGGCGCCCGACACAUUGCCAGACGCGCCGGUGCCGUCCAGCGUGCUAUGCACGCGGUUCACUGCCAAGUUGCGCCCAAUGAUCGACCGUAAGUGGUGGAUUCUGCAUGGUAUGUACUGCGCAGGCACGAUCUACGUCGAUGCCGGUGCUGUUGUUGCGCUGGCACGCUUCAAGAAGUCGCUGUUUGCCGCGGGCAUCAGGCGUGUAGAAGGUGUCUUCUCGUCUAACCAGGCUGUGCGCGUAGCGCGCGUGCUUAACGCCAUGACGCCCAUCCGCUCAGAGGUUAUCGAGAUUGGCCACGGUCUGGUUAACUACACCAGCACUGAGAUCAACCGUAUCCGUGGGUGCCACAGCUCAGAGUUUGAAGCCAUUCUUGGGUACUGUGACUCGGACAACGUCAUCAACCGCGGAAACAUGGUUAUCACGAUUCCUGAAAAUGUACUGGAUGACGUGUUCAUCACACGGAUGCACAAGAACAAGAUCCGCGCCGAGCAACGUGCACCAGUGCCGGUGCAGUCGCCCAAUCUGCAGGCAAUCUAG